UGCUGUUCUGUGGGAAGGUUGUAGCCUGUGCAGAGUGAAGGAAGAGGCAAAGGGGGAGAGACUGAAUAUAGCAACACAGCUCUCUGUGGGGCAAGGAGAGGGUGCAUGCACCUUGGUCCCUCCUGCAGUCACCACUAUGAGGGGCAGACUUAAAGGACCAUGGAUUUUCCCCUUGCUUUUGGCUGGCUUGAUUCAGCCAAAUUCGGCACAGGAACGACAGAAGGUGGACUGCUAUGACUCAAUACCAGGGACAGUGUAUAACUACGGGGCUCUCUCCAUCCAUGGUGAUGAAUACAUCCCCUUCCAGAAGUAUGCAGGGAAGCUGCUUCUCUUUGUAAAUGUAGCCACUUACUGAGGGCUUACAAUGCAGUACCUUGAACUGAAUGCACUACAAACGGAACUGGGACGUUAUGGAUUAGUUGUUCUUGGCUUCCCCUGCAAUCAAUUUGGAAAGCAAGAACCUGGAGAGAACUCAGAAAUCCUUCCAGGCCUGAGAUAUGUCAGACCAGGAGGUGGUUUCACUCCAAAUUUCCAGCUCUUUCAGAAAGGAGAUGUGAAUGGGGAGACAGAACAGAGAGUUUACACCUUUUUGAAGAACUCCUGCCCUCCUGUUAUAGAAAACUUUGGUGACCCCAACAAACUGUUCUGGUCACCUUUGAAGAUCCAUGAUAUCAAGUGGAAUUUUGAGAAGUUUUUGGUUGGCACCGAUGGGAAGCCUGUGAUGAGGUGGUACCACAGGACAAACGUCGCAACUGUGAAGAGUGAUAUCCUAAGAUACAUGAGGAAGCAGAACCUGUUGUACGGAUAGAGUCCUUAUAGAUGUAGAGAAACGCGAUGCAGGUGAGGGAGAGAGCCUGUUCCUAUAUCCAGAUUCAUACCAUUUCUCACAGAACUCAACAAGGGCCUGAUCAAAAUCAAUAGAUUUUUAAGACAAACUGUUUUUUCAGAUGACUGACCCACCUGAAUAACCAGUCUCAGAUGAAAUAUUUUGGCUUCACCAAGAGUAUAUUAUGGCAAUAAAAUCAUGGUGGACUAUGGCCUCUUCUUUAGUUAAUAUACUUAAGUAUUCAGUAGCUUUUAGCCAGUGGCAUUAUGAAGCAAACCAUACUCACUUUUGGCUACAUUUAUGACAUCAUAAAAAUUAAAGGUUUGCUGUGAGAUAAGCUGUUUUGGAUCCCCCAUAUAAGUAAAUCCUCUAAUUUUGCACACUGGUCUUUGUUCCUGGACCAUUGCUAUUAACCAAGCUAUACUGCUUCUUAAGGGAAGAGAUAAAAUCAAUGAAACGAAAUAAAAAUAAAUCCCUCAGAAAUACAUGCAGCCAACCUUCGGGGUAUUUCUGGAUAAGGCACAGCCUACCUCCUCUCUGAAGAAUAACCAGUGUCCUCCCAACCAGUUUGUGGAUAGGUAUCUCUCAAAACUGUAAUGUCUCCUCUGAUAGUGAUUAAGAAGAGAAAGAGAUUUUGGGCCAAGGAAGUUGCAUCACUAUGAGGGUUAGGUCUGAAAGCUCCCAAAAAGAGCGGACCUAGCCUGAGGCUGCAAAGCUCUGGUGUAGCCCUUUAGUGCAUUCAGGCUGCUUCAUGAGUCUGCAGAGAUGCAUUCCUUCUUAUCAACCCCAAAACUCCUUCAGCUUCUUGCCCUGCCUCUGUAUGAAAACUGCCUAAUAAAAAUAGCAAACAUUCAAUGCA